UAUUAUUGUUCUCAGCUUUGAUCUCCCCAUCAACUUCCCCCUCUUGAGCAGCAAUGGCCCCCAGAGGGAUCCCUGGGGUCGCCAGGAACUGCUGGGCUGGGGCUCUAAUAGUGGCGAUAGCACUGAGAACUCACAGAACUCAUUGCACAGACCCUCCAGAGCAUUUCCUGCUGCAGCAGAAGUCUGAGUGUCACUACACCAACAGCACACAGCGGGUGAGGUAUCUGAAAAGACUGAUCUGGGGCCAGCAGGAGAUCUGUUACUAUGACAGUGACUUGGGCUUCUCGGUGGCCCGCACGGAGCUGGGUCGGCCGAUCGCGGAGUAUUGGAACAGGCUGGAGUGGCUGAGCUACUUGUGGGCAUCAGUGGAGAAGUUCUGCAGUUAUAACCGUAGGAGAUUUAAGAACAUCACUGUGGAUAGGCGAGUUAAGCCCAGAGUGAAAAUUUCCACCCUGAAAGCAGAGUCUUCCCACCGCCCCAGCUUGCUGGUUUGCUCCGCAACAGGGUUUUAUCCUUCCGAGAUAGUGACCAAGUGGUUCAAAAAUGGGCAAGAGGAGACAGCUGGAGUUGUAUCCAGGGAGCUGCUACAUAAUGGAGACUGGACUUUCCAGAUCCAGGUGACACUAGAAAUGAAACCCAGGUGGGGAGAUGUCUACACCUGCCAAGUGGAGCACAUCAGCCUGCAAACGCCCAUCACCAUGCAGUGGGUAGCACAGUCUGACUCUGCCAAGAGCAAGAUGUUCAUUGGAAUUGGGGGCUUCGUACUGGGGUUGAGCCUCAUGGUGAUGGGACUCCUCAUCUACCAGAAGAGUAAGAAAGGGUACCUGUGCUUGGACACUGGAGAAUCUCGAGCUGCUGGGAGUGACAGGGGUAGCUCUACAAACUUACUCCUCUGUGACUAAAUUCUUCCAAGUUCUGUGAAGGGCCAUCUCUAAAUCUUCCUUUAACUCUCUGCAUUCACUCAUGAGCCAUUACUCUCUCCCUUCCCCUGGCUAGCUGUUUCACGUGAGCUCUUGCCCAGGUCAAAACUGUGCUGGCGGGGGGAGUCAUUGCUUUCCCUCAAUCCUAGCAGGUUCCCCUCCUGCCAGUUUUUCCUGCUGCUCUGCCCCAGAUUUAACUGCUCUGCAGUUAAAGAACCAAAGCGCUAGUAGAUCUGAGAUUGUCCCCCAGGGCCUGAUUUCAUGCAAGCUGUUGACUUGGGGAAUCUCCACUAGAAGAGGAGGGCAGGAUCCAGCUGUCAUAUGGAGCUGAGGAUGGAUGUCCAGCUACUCCAAGUGCAGCACAUACCCAGAUAGAAAAGAGGAGAAUAAAUAAUAAUGUUUCUAACUAAUGCUUUGCACUUAGAGAAAUUUUGUCUAAGGAUCCGAAAGGAUUUGAUA